UGGUCGAAUUUCAUCAUAUUCUGGGAUCUGACCUUGAAAAUCAGAAUGAUUUAGACACUUGAAAAUAUCAAAGACGUGGGUAAUGUGACAUAAUAAAGUAAAGACUCUAUAUCAAAAGAUUUUGACAGUUCAUCUGGCGAAUAAUUUGUUGGUUAAAUAAAUCCAACAGAAUUGUUUUGAGUAGAAAAUUUAAGUUACACGAUUGAUCUGCUUUUUACAUCUGAUUUUUUUAAUAUCAGAUCAAAUAACAAUUAUGACAGAAAAAAUUAAAUCACUUUUUCACAAGGCAAAAUUGGAUGUGAAAUUUAUGAAUGCUGGAAAAGGACACAAAUUGACAGAAUCAACUAGCAAUGAUGGAUCUACUUCUGUAGUAGAGCCAAGAAAAAGAGUGGAACCUACAGAAGAAGCUAAAGUAGCUGGUCAAGCAGCUUUGGCAAGAUUGGAAGCAAAAGAAUCUAACAUAAAAAGAUUUAACACAUCAUAUGCAGCUAUUAAAGCACAAGUGAAACGAGAAUUAGAACAAAAAAGAAAAGCACAACAAAAUGUAGAGAAAAAUUAUGUGCAAUCAGAAGAAAAAGCUGAAAAUGCAGUUAAGGAUAAUUCUUUGUUAGCUGUUACCAAUGUAUACUAUUGUUGUCCAUAUUUAUCUAAUGAAGUAUUAUCACAAGAUGAAUGGAAAGUAAAAAUAAAAGAAUUUUUAUAUGAACAAUUGAAAGGAGAAGAUACGGGUUUAAUAUCAUGUUUAAUUAUACAAAAUUGCAAUAGUAAAAAGAAUAAAAUUGAUGCUUGUGUUGAAACACUUGGAAAAUAUCUAGAAAAUAUUAUAAAUAAUCCAGGGGAAGAAAAAUAUCAGAAAAUUAGGAUGCAGAAUAGAGUAUUUCAGGAUAAAGUGGCCCCAAUUGAAGGUGCAUUAGAGUUUUUAAAUGCUGCUGGUUUUCAUCAAAAGAAGUUAUUGAAUAAUGAUAAGGAAGAUGAUUUCUUAAUCCUUAAUGCAGAUAAUUGUGAUAUUGAAAACAUUACCAUGUUAUUGGAAGCAUUAAAAAUUGCACAGCCCAUUCCACUGGAACUAAACAGAAAUCUUCAAGUAUUGUUACCUAUGCAAGCAAACAAAAGAACUGAAUUGCCAUCGAGCUUUUUCAAUUUAACUGCUGAAGAUAUAGAGAAAGAACAACAACUUCGAACUGAAGCAGUUGAAAGAGAUCAGAUGUUAAGAACGAAAGCCAUGAGAGAAAGAGACGAAAAAGGGAGACUCAGAAAAUAUAAAUUUUCAUUGAUCCGUAUAAAAUUUCCAGAUAAUCUUAUUUUACAAGGAACAUUUUCUAUACAUGAAAGUUUUCAAAAUGUUGUUAAUUUUGUUAGUGAGAAUUUGAUUAAUAACGAGAGGCCUUUCAGCUUAAAAAAGCUUCCUCGAACAAUAUUCAGUGAAGAUUCUUUUGAUAAAACAUUACUUGAAUUAGAAUUAUUCCCUGCUGUAAUAUUGAUGUUUUCCUGGAAAAGUAAAUCAGAUGAAACGAGUGACAACGAAUCUGUAGGAUACUUAAAAGAAGAGUUACUUUCUAUCAUACAACCUGCUUAAAUUUGUAUUAUCUAAUCUUUACAAAUUGUAAUUAUAAAUACUGAAGAAGAUAAA